CUGGAGGAGAAAGCGGGAACGCUCCCGGCCCAGGCAGCGGGGGGAGAGCCGGGAUCCCGCGGCCUCGCCGGAUAAAACCGCCAGCACAAGGGGAGCGCCCACCCCCGGCCCCGCUGGCAUCGGUCCUCCGAGCCAAGCGCGGCCGAGCGCGGGCCGGGCCGGCCGCCGGGGAGGUGGACGCGGAAGUGCCGCGGCCGGCGGCGCAGGGCUCGCCCGGGGCGGGCGCGGUGGCGGCGCGGCGCAGGAUGCUGGGGCUGGCGGCGGGGCUGCUGGCGGCGGCCGCCGUGGCGCUGCUGCUGGACUGGUACGGGCCGCCGGGGGCGCCGCCGGCCCCGGGGCUGCCCCGCCGCUGGGCCCCGCAGCCCGCGCCAGGGGCGGCCGCCGCCAGUCUGCUCUGGGUCGUGCAGGUGUCAGAUAUUCAUAUCAGCAAAUUUCGGGAUCCCAAACGAGCUCCUGACUUUGAAAAAUUCUGCUCUGAAACAAUUGAUGUAAUUCAGCCAGCACUUGUUCUGGCCACAGGUGAUCUGACAGAUGCUAAGACAAGAGAUAAACUGGGAUCUGAACAGGUAGAAGAUGAGUGGAUAACCUACCAGUCAAUCCUGAAGAGAUCAAGGGUCAUGGAAAAAACCAAGUGGAUAGACAUCAAAGGGAAUCAUGAUUCAUUCAACAUUCCACACCUGGAUAGCAUUCAGAAUUAUUACAGGAAAUACUCUGCCUGGCGUAAAGAUGGCUCUUUCCAUUACAUCCACACUACCUCUUUUGGGAACUAUUCAUUCAUCUGCGUGGAUGCCACACUCAGCCCAGGCCCUAAGAGACCCUAUAAUUUUUUUGGGAUUUUAAACAUGAAUCAAAUGGCAGAGCUGUCUUUGAUGGCAAAAGAAAGUCUACACAGCAACCAUACUAUCUGGUUUGGCCAUUACCCCACCUCAACAAUCAUCUCCCCAUCCCCUGGAAUACGAACACUAAUGAGUUCUGCCACAGCCUAUUUAUGUGGACAUCUCCAUACAAUGGGUGGGCUGAUGCCAGUCUUGCACAGUCAACACUAUGGUGGCACUCUGGAACUUGAAUUGGGAGACUGGAUGGAUAAUAGGAGGUACCGGAUCCUCGCAUUUGAUCAUGACCUCUUCAGCUUUGCAGAUCUUAACUUUGAAGAGUGGCCUGUAGUUCUCAUCACCAAUCCCAAAUCCUUCCUUUACAGCAGUUCUACUCAUGAACCAUUAGUCAAAAUUCUCUAUUCCACUCAUAUCAGAAUUCUGGCAUUCUCUCCUUCUGUCAUUAGCUCUGUUAAAGUCUACAUAGAUGGAGUUUACCUGGGGAAUGCACAUCAGGUGUCUGGCCCUCUCUAUGUGCUGAAGUGGAGCCCACAAAACUACAGGGAAGGGUUCCAUCACAUAGAUGUGACUGUCCAGGAUGCUUCAGGAAGAAUUGGCACACGAGGCCAUUUAUUUGGUAUGGAAGAAAACCUCUCUCUUAGAUUUGACUUUUGGUCAUCUGUUAUUCUUCUCUCUGACCACUAUGUUCUAGCUCGAGUGCUCUUUGGACUGAUCGUACUGAUUCAGAUUACCUUGCUUGUUGUUUUCCGACACCUCCAGAAGCCAGCACUCAAAGAAAAGCCAGGAUUACUUACUCUGACUUCAUAUUCUCUUCAUGUCUUCAGUAAAACAAACACCUUCUAUUACUCAAUUCUGGUUCUGAAUUUAUACACCAUUCUGGGACCAUGGUUUGUAGGUGAACUGAUAGAUGGCCAAAUGGGAGCCUGUUUUUCCUUUGGGGUGUUUGUUGGUGGUUCCUUCUUACAGGGCAGUAUGACAUUUGUGGUUGGGAUUUUACAGAUGAUGUUUUUCAACCUGCCAUUGAUGGCCUAUCUGUGCUGGUGCCUGUUGCUGCGAUGCCAGGGCCACAGCUUCCGUUCCCACAUCCGUCAUGUCCGACGCCUCGUGGCUGUGCUUGUUCACCUGGCAAUGGCCCUGCUCCUGGCCUGGCAGGUCUAUUCCUGCUAUUUCCUGCAGCGAACAUACGGCACCUUGGCGUUCUUCCUCUCCCCGAUGAGAACAUGGCUGGUGGCACUGACCGCAGCUCUCAUUUAUAAAACCUGGACACUGAAAUCAUCAGAGCUCAGAACUUACAUAACAGAGAUAAAAAAUUGUCAGUGCUCCUGAAGUACAAUGUAAGUACUCCAAGUUCUGUCUUAAAAACUGCCAAGAAACAAGAUUAUCAUUUUGUGAUGCUGGAAUUCCAUACAUCCCAACCAUUAGGUGUUAAGACCCAAAGCUGCACCUGCACUGCUACAGAACUGUAUUAAAUAGUAAAUGUACAAUAUGUUAUACAGACUAUCCUUGUAUUAUACAACAUAUUGUAUAAUACAUGUCAUGUAGUACAGUUAUGCAUUAUACAUCAAUAUAGUAAACUGUGUACCAAUCUCAGCAAUGAGGUUUUUUUAGUGAUAGAUACGUCCAAAUGGCUCACAAAUGGAAAUAUUUGCCUAUUACUACUGUGAAUGGAAAAAUACUUUUAAUUAAUUAAAUUCUUGAUUUUUAUAAUGUUGCAAAAAAUGAGCAUAGAACUUGAUGAGCUUCUGGAUUUGUGCUUAAUUUGAUUUUUAUUUCAGGGUAGACAUGUGUUUUUACAAGACUAGACCAGACGCUUUUAUGAAGUCAUAGUGAUUGCAAAGGUGCUGUAGUGGCCUUCACAGUCAGAGUCCUAUGCCCAUACAUAUUUUCAGUUCAUAAUGCUGUACACAAGCAGAUUAUAGGGUGCAAGGUAUGUCUAUAUAUUUGUGUUCAUGUUUACCUGAGCUGUGGCCUAUAGCUCUUGCCCUGGGAGUGCUGGCUAACUAACAAGCUCGCUCUCUGGAAGGAAGGAGUUUCAUUUUCCACUUCUGAGGCUGCCAGUCCUCCCACCCACAACUGGUGAAAGGACAGUGAAUUAUAAGUAGUGCUGGGGUUUUCAGCUUCAAAGCAAGGAACAGAGACAAUGUCCUCAGGAUGGGAGAGGCUAAAGGAAUAAUAUGGUCUGAUUCCUAUAAAAGGAACAAAGUCUGUAAUUUCUGUUUUUCUGGGUCUCAGCUAUGUUUCUGGCUCUCAGCCAAAUGCACCAAAGAGUGACCUAAGAAAACUAAUUUCUUUGUUUUCAUUUUUUCUAAGUCAAAAAAUGAUAAAACAGUUAGUUACAGUAAUGAAGAAUGCAAUGAUCCAGAGCCAAGAAAGCUGAGCUGCCUUGAUCUGUAAAGAACACUGCAUUGCUUCACAAAAGACCUACUGCGAGUGGAACAUUUAAAAUAUUUUAGGUGAUUUUACAGUAACUUAUUUAUGGCUCCUCAAGAAAAAAGAGGACUAAUUUAUUUAUUGCCCCUUUGGAAAAACCAGCAGUGACUGUAGUAGAACACACAGGAAAAUAAAUUGGAAGCAAAUAUUGACUACAAUAAGGACUUCUGUUAUUUCUAACAGGCGACAGUUUUCCUAUUCCUUAAUUUCUGUUCUUCGAUGAUACAGGAAAAUAGUAAUGUAAUAAUAAUGUAAUUUCUUCAAUGUAAUAGGAAUAAGAGAGAAAGAGCACCCAUUUACAUGAGUUAAAUGUACUGUUAAGAGAAUAAAGAAUGUCAUUUGUUGCUACAAAAGUUUGAUUUGCAAAGCUGUUAAAAAAUCAGAGACAGGGGACAAAAUGUAUUUGUGAGAUACAAUACUAAAAAAUAGACAAUAAAAUCACAUUUCACAAUUAAAUAACUUUUAUGUGAUUAGAGAGAAUAAGAAAUGGCAAUAAAAUACUUUAUAUCUUUUGACUUGC